UUGCACCAUCUCCAGUUAAGUUAGCAUUUAACUAGAGGAUAGCUAAUCUCCAGGUACCUUGAUUUGACAUUCUCGUUUUCACCAAGCUCAGAUUAGCCGACCUCCAGUUAAUUCGAUAAUUGUGAAUAUUUUGUAGAACAAUUCACAAAAACCCAUUGUGAAUGCUCAUAAAUGGGCAAACCAGCUGUGUUUUGUUUACAUUUUUGACGUGCCAUUGUAAAAAUAAAUUGGUUUUUGUGAUAAGUGUGGACUUUUAAGAUUUAUAUAGAAGAUAAUGGAUGACAAAAAGAGAAAUCGUUUGCCAAAUUUUACAAGCGGCGAUGAGUCCCUUCUUAUCACAUUGGUCGAGCGGUACGCCAAUAAAAUAGAAAAUAAAAGAAGCGACGCAGUUUCGUGGGAAGAGAAGCGAAAAGCGUGGGAAGAAAUUGACCUUAAGUUUGAGUCCCAAACUGGUAUCAGGCGCGGUCCUAAAAAUUUGCGGGAGAAGUACGAGAAUAUGAAGAAGAGAACCAGGAAGAAUUUAGCCGAUGAAAAGAGGGAGCUAUAUAAGACUGGUGGGGGCCAGUUUCAACACCGACCGGACAAAAAUACAGGCAGGCUAGCUACGCUCAUGGGCCAAUCUGCAACCGGCUUGGAAAAUUACGUAGACAGCGAUGCAAUAGUCACUUAUGAACAAGAGCCUGAGUACUUGGACGAAUCUAUGCAGAGCUGUACGGUAGAACAUCUGGACGCGGCAUCAGAAGCUAAGGAACACGAUGCCAGAGCAGAUUGGAGUUCAUGGAACCCAACUCUGCUACGUUCAAAACCCAACGAAAAACUAGCGACAAAGCGCGAAAAGAAAAAAGAAACUUCUGAUGCACACCAAAUCUUCUGGAUGGAAGAAAAUCAAAGAGCUGCUGAGCGACAUACAUGGGCCAAAAAGAAGAAUGAACUUGAAUUAAAGGAAGCAGAGAUGAAACUGGAAAUUCUAAGAUUAGAUGUACAACUAAAGACAAAUAAAAUAAAAAAUAAAAUAAAAUAAAAAUAA